AGAGUUUUAGCUCCAAAAUAAUAAUUAUAAUUUAUAUUAUAAACCUUUUAAAUUAAAAUUUUGGAUUGCAAAUAAUAUUUUUACUCUAACGAAUUCCUAAUUAUUAGCUUGUAGCUACCUAUGUUGUAUUAAUGGUUAUAAACAAGAAAUCCGCGGGGCUUUGAGUUGUAUUAUAAAAAGUGAAAUAGAAUCGUGACCAAAAAUAUUCAGUUAAAUAUACAAAGAAUAUAAAAUGCAUAGGAAUUUGCCGCAAAAUAAAGAAGCUUUAUUAAAAUCGUAUACUACAAGGUUAAAAGAAGAUGUUAAAAGUAUGUUGGAAAACUUCGAGGAAAUAAUCAAGCUGGCUAAAGGAGAUAAUGAAUCACAAUUGAACCGUAUGACUCAAAUUGAACAAGACACUUUUGAAAUGCAAGUUCGUGCAGCAAAUAUAGUCAGGGCAGGAGAAUCUCUAAUGAAAUUAGUAUCGGACAUUAAGCAAUACUUAAUUUUAAAUGACUUUCCAUCAGUAAAUGAAGCAAUAACUCAGAACUCUAAAUUAUUUAGAACAAAGCAACAAGAAUGUGAUCAAAAACUAAUGUCACUACGGGAUGACAUUGCAGCAGACUUGUAUGAUUUAGAAGAUGAAUAUUUUACAAGUAUAUAUAAGUAGAUAUUUUAUUUAUAUUUAAGUUUAAUGUUUAAUAGGAAA